CACUGAUGCAAACCAAUGCAAACAACUAACUUCAUGUAGUAAAAUUUGAGAGCACGUUUUUGUGAAAUAUUUGAAAAAUUUGUGAAAAGACAUUUAAUAAGCAAGUAAUAAGCAUAAAAAGUAGCAUAUAUGCUUGAGAAAGAAAAUCGUAUUUUACGAGGCUCUUAAAACAUUUUUAAGCCUAAUUAAUUAACGAUUCACGUCCAAAGACAAAAAAUGAGUAAGCCAUUGCCAAAGAAGCUAAAAGGAGAUUUUGAGAAUAAUAGUUCUGAGCUUAGUAAUCCUCAAGAAGAGCCAUUGACUAUUGGUCGUGGACGAGGAAGAGGUGAAAGUUCAACUGAUAGUUCGAGUACAUCAGGAAGUCGUCGAAAGAUUAAGGAAACAGAAUCUGAGAAAUCAUCAAUCCCGAGCGAGUUGCGUAAGGAUGGAAGAGAACAGUGGCUUGCAUCAAAUAAGCCAAUUUAUACAACUCGUCCAGAACAUAUAACAUGCAAGAAGACUGAUGGUGGACAAAAUGAGAACGAACUUUAUGCUAAUUACUUCCGUAUUGGUAUACCGCAAAAUUUCGAAUUUGCACAAUAUCGAGUGGAUUUUUCUCCUGAUAUUGAUAUGAUUAAGUUACGUCGUUAUCUUGUUGCAAAAUGUUCUAACAAGAUUCGAGGAUAUGUUUAUGAUGGUGGAAAUUUAGUAUAUUUAACAAGAAGAUUGCCACAAGAUUCGAUUGUGAUUCCGAUAACGACAGAACAACAAAAUCAAUAUGAUGUAAAGUUCAAGUUUACAAAUGUCACUAUUAAGAGUACGGAUUCAACUGCUAUGAUGGUGUUGAACUGCAUUUUACGAAAUGCAAUGCGGGGUUUAAACUUGAAGUUAAUUCAGCGAAAUUUGUACGAUGAGCCAGCAAAGAUUUUGAUCAACGAAUACCGUUUGGAACUAUGGCCAGGAUAUGAAACAUCGAUUAGACAACACGAAAGGGAUAUUCUUGUGUGCUGUGAAAUUUCUCACAAGGUCAUGCGUUUCGAUACUGUUUACAGUAUUCUCCAAUCAAAGGAACAUGAUCGUGUUCCAGAAAUAAGAACAGCAUUUAGCAAAGAAAUUAUUGGAACUGUUGUGUUGACACGAUACAAUAAUCGUACUUAUAGAAUUGAUGAUGUUCGAUUUGAUUUGAAUCCAAAGAGCACAUUUAAAGCCGGAGAUAAGGAAAUAUCAUUUAUCGAGUACUAUAAGACCCGAUAUAACCUUAUUAUUAAUGACCCCAAACAGCCUUUAUUAGUUUCUAAUCCUAAAGCGCGAGACAUUCGAGAUGGACGAAAUGAGCCAGUUUUGUUGAUACCAGAAUUGUGUUUUACAACAGGUUUGACGGAUUCAAUGCGUAGUGACUUUAAUGUUAUGAAACGUUUGGGAGAAUAUACUCGUAUGGAUCCGACAAAGCGUGUUGAGCGUUUGGAAGAAUUCAGUCGACGUAUGAACCAAACUGAAGGAUGCUUCCAAAAACUGGAAUCAUUUGGAGUCAAUUUAGAUCGUCAACUGUUACGUGUAUCUGGACGUAUUUUAAAGCAAGAACAGAUCUUAUUUGGACAAGGACGUAGUAAUCAAAAUGAUUUUAAAGCUGAUUGGACACAAGGAAUUCGUAAUCCUAUGUACACAAAUGUUGCAUUACAACGUUGGGGCAUCAUUUAUCCAUCAAGAUCUGAACGUGACUUUAACGAGUUUAUGAAAAUAUUUGAAGAAGUCGCACGUGGACAAAAUUUUGAAAUGGGAGCUCCGAAAUACAGUGUUAUUAACGACGAUCGUCCACGUACUUAUGCAGAUGCUCUUGAAUCAUUUUGUGCUCGAGAUCCGAAAUUUGUGAUGGUUAUUCUCCCAAACAAUAAUGCAGAAAGAUACAAAAUUGUCAAGACGAUUACGUAUGUUAAUCGUGGAAUUCCAUCUCAAGUUAUUGUCCAACGAACAAUUCAGCCAAAGAAAGGCAGUAUGGCUGGUGUGAAAUCAAUUGCGACAAAAAUUUUGAUUCAGAUUAAUGCAAAACUUGGUGGUGUUCCAUGGAUGAUAAAUAUCCCAUUAAGUGGACUCAUGACAAUCGGAUUUGAUGUUUCGCACGACACAAAUGAUAAGUCGAAAUCAUAUGGAGCAUUUGUGGCUUCAAUGGAUUUAAAGCUCAAAGUCAGUUUCUUCAGUACUGUCUCAGAACAUCGAAACGGAGAAGAAUGUUCUAAUAAUAUCGGUGUCCACAUGCAAAAAGCAUUAAUGGCUUGGCGCGAAGAAAACGGAUCAUUUCCGGAACGUAUUCUAUUCUAUCGUGAUGGUGUUGGCGAUGGACAAAUUCAAUAUGUACACGAAAUCGAAGUACGAAAGAUCAAAGAUGUUCUCAGAGGCUGUUAUGGAGAUAAAUUUCCGAAAUUCGCAUUUGUCGUUGUUUCAAAGCGAAUUAACACUCGAAUAUUUAACAAAACUGGAGGUCGUCGUUAUGAAAAUCCAGUCUCUGGAACUGUGGUUGAUGAUGAUGUCACUUUACCCGAAAGAUACGACUUCUUUUUAAUAAGUCAAUCCGUACGUCAAGGAACGGUUUCUCCAACAAGCUACAAUAUCAUUGAUGACUCUUUCGGUUUGCCACCAGAACGCAUGCAAAUGCUCACCUACAAAAUGUGUCACUUGUAUUACAAUUGGUCUGGCACAACAAGAGUUCCUGCAGUUGUUCAGUAUGCUCAUAAGCUAUCAGUUCUUGUUGGCCAAUUUCUGCACAUCACACCGAACUUAAAUUUGGACAAGUCUCUCUACUACUUGUAGUUCCGUUUUCACCUUAUUUUUCUUUUUUUACAAUUCAGAAGAUGAAAAUCUUUUUCGACAUUGCUAUUAACAUAUCCAUAGAAGGACUUUCAACUGAUUAAAUUUAUUUAUAUAUAAGAACAUGCAUUUAACUGAAUUAACUUAAAAUGUCAUGUGCCUUAUUUUUGGCUAGUUUUUACAUAUAAAUAUUGUAAAAUAUGAAAAUUGCUUCUACUGAAAUAAAGAAUAACUUUUUACCGUC